AUGCACACGAGAAAACUGGUCCAUCUGGCGGCCCUGCUGCUGUGCACCGCCGCAGUCAGCGCCAUACUGAGGAAUGAAGCAAAGGGUCGUGCACCACCCAAGUGGGCAAUCGAAAGAAGAGGGAAUGCCAAGGAAAUGCACUUCAUUCCAAGCAAUGUAAUAAAGGGGGUAGCUCAUAACAGGAAAAUCUCGCAACAUUCAUCACAUGCAGAAAACAUAUUGAGUGAGAAAAAUGGACAAGCAGAAGAGGAAAACAAAAAAGGGGAACCUGGGGGAGACAUCUGUUUCAUCGCAGGAGUAGGUGACACCAAUGGAUACGGGUGGGGAAUCGCAAAAGAACUGAGCAAAAAAAACGUAAAAAUUAUUCUAGGUGUAUGGCCACCAGUGUAUAACAUUUUCAUGAAAAAUCUCCAGAAUGGAAAAUUUGACAAUGAUAUGAUAAUUGGAGAAGGUAGAAAAAUGGAUCUUCUAGACAUCCUUCCCUUCGACGCCGCCUUUGAUUCGUUUAACGACAUAGACGAGGAAACGAGAAAAAACAAAAGGUAUGCCAAUUUAGAAAGUUAUUCCAUCGAAGAGGUUGCAAACUUGGUUUAUAAAAAGUAUGGGAAGAUUAACAUGUUAGUUCAUUCAUUGGCUAAUGGGAGAGAAGUGGAGAGGAGUUUACUAGACACAAGUCGAGGUGGUUAUCUGGAUGCACUGAGCAAAAGCUCAUAUUCUCUCAUAGCUUUAUGCAAGUAUUUCUGCCCAAUCAUGCACCCCCAAUCGAGUGUAAUUUCCUUAACAUACUAUGCGAGUCAGAAGGUUGUGCCUGGGUAUGGAGGGGGCAUGUCAAGUGCAAAGGCAGCGUUAGAAUCCGACACGAGAACUUUAGCCUACCAUUUAGGGAGAAAGCACAAAAUUAGAAUUAACACCAUUAGUGCGGGGCCUCUUAAAUCAAGGGCUGCAACUGCCAUCAAGAAGGCCAGUCCUCAAUCGGGAGAAAACGAAACGGAAAAAAAAAACUUUGCAUUUAUAGAUUACGCUAUUGAGUACUCAGAAAAGUAUGCGCCUCUUCAGCAAAAGUUGUAUUCCACGGACGUCGGGGCUGUUGCCGCCUUUUUACUGUCCAAGGAGAGUAGAGCGGUCACUGGUCAGACCAUUUACGUGGACAACGGGCUCAACAUCAUGUUCGGCCCCGAUGAUUUGUUUCAGGGCAGGGGGGAAUAG